AAAAGCCGCUGGAAAAGCGGCUGAAAAUGGUGUAGUUGAGAUAAUAGAAAAGUUCUAUUGUGUUGGAGUUCUCCUUUUUUUUGUUCAUGGUAUAUAUUGUGUGAAAAUUCUGUGCUUUGUUGUAUCCUGCGAGAGGAGUUUGCGUGGUAUUGCGUGUAUGUGUGAGUUUACUCAGGGAAAAAGAUUUUUUUUUUGGAUGGCGCUACUAAAUGGGUGUGAGCCAAGUAUCAAGUUCAGUUUCGUCAAGAGGAAAGCCACUUCACAUUGAUUUUCAUCUCCAGAAUUGAAGACGAAUUGCUGUUUACAUUGCGGAAGCGAGGUCUGGCCAGAGAACUACGUGAUACAUCGCCCUAAAGGAUCAUCUAGUUUGUUUUUUUUUUCUUUCGUUCCCGGGGUGGAUAUAUUGGCAAGAGUCUCAUGAUUGAUUGAAGUCAUCGCAGGGUAGUUUGUACCCCUAGCAAACCGGAAACUUGUCAUACAAUUGAAGAGCGAGAAAUUAUUGUAGAGUGAAAACCCGGGGGAGACAUACCCAACACUUGCUCCACUUUUCAUGUGAGUGAUUACUGGUGGUCGAGGAUGUAGAGGAGGAAGGGACAUUUGGGGUAAGCCAAGAGGACUGUGAUAGUGAGAGACAGUGAAUUUUAUGUUUUUUUUUUGGGCCAAGGUUCUAUUUGUGGUGCAGUUGGUUGACUGUUGGGGUUUGUGGUACGAGAUAACUGAUAUUAGAUUUUAAUUUGAGAGAAGAAAAUCAAUUUUUGGGGAUUGCACUCAGGCUGCUAGAAGAGAGAAAAAUCAAUUAAUGGACAAUAUGGAGUGUCGAUGUGUCUGGCUGUAUCUUGUGCUGAUCCAUUUUACUCUCACUCUUCUAUUGAUUAAUGCUGCCCCCACAACGGAAAUACCAUACAUCCAUGACACAUCAAAUGGAAUGAGUGAAAAUAAAUCCAGAGUGGAUAUGACACAAAUUCCAUUUACUGAUCACCACGAUGAUGCCGCUCCUCAAAAUUUCUCAUCUAUGCCGACAACGGGGGCAGGACGAGUACAAACGUCAGUACCCAGCAGUAUUGCUACAUUUGCACAUGAGACCACCACAUACGCAACGGUAGAUGUGUCAGGGGUGAGUGAGACCGGAAAUAAACCAACUACACCAAAUGCAACAGAAACAUCGAGACCCACGGAAAACAUCCUCCUGACCACAAUUCUCUAUCCAUCCACGUCGGUUCCCAAUCCCACUGACGUCAAGACAGAGGGAAUUGUCAUGACCCAACAGCCAACAUCGACUGAGGAUGAUGGGGAGAAGUGGAAGUCAACUGAGACGUACUUCAUCAAUGGUCUGUCGGAUUUACUGAUGGAAAACAGCGGUAUCGACAGAAUAGCUGAAUUUGUUGAUGAAAUUGCCAAUCAGCAGAAUUUUCAAAUGGAGAAAAUGGACUCAUCUACUUCGACGUCAGAACCACCAACGCAGUCACCUACAGAAUCAGUGGAGAAAAUUGCCGAACAAGUGACUAAUUCUAUGGUGAAAAGUGCCCUGAAUACGGAAGUACUUGAGGAAGGUGGAGAAAACAUCACGGAGUCUACCACAAAUUUAGCACCAUCGUCAAAUGGGAUGGGAUAUAACAGUGAGACGACCACUGAGAAUGAGAAAAAUGACUCUAUCUCAGUGGAUACGACAACAGAGAAGCCGCAUGUAGCUUCAACUAUUUCUCAAUUUACUCCACAAUUUGAUAUAUUAACAGUGACAACCACGGUAAAUCCCCAUGUGGAUGGAAAAGGCUUGAAUGUAGGCACGGAGACUAGUAUUGUGGACACAUCCACAAAAAAGUCCAAGAGCACUAAGCUGAAGAAGAAGGUCUCAAAGGCAAGUGUUGAAUCGAAGAAACCCUUCACCAUAAAGUCAACAGCUAUGCCUCAGGCUGAUAUAGUGCAUAGCACAUCCAGCCCGGCUGAAGACACCACCACCCAAGUCACCUACACCACCAAUUCCGGUCCUAAUGAAAUUCUAACGACGACAGAGACAACAGAGGCUCCAGUGACAGUCUCGACGGCAACACCUUCGGAGGCCAUGGCGGAAACAACACCCAAGGGGCGUCGAGACGAUUGGACUGGGGACGAUUAUUCACAGCCAGAGAAUGAAGAUGAUGUACUGGUAGUUGAAAUUGAGGAUACGGAAAAUUUCACAGAAGUAUCGCAUUCUGUGGUGGAAGUGCCGGGUAUUAAAGAUGAAAAACCAGAAAUAAAACAAUCAAACAACCCCCAAGAUAUGACCGAUGAACUCUUCUUUCCCAUCCUCGUUGAUCGCCCUGAUAGUGCAGACAGCACAACCGUAGGAAAUGUCGUCCAAGAUGUACCGAAGGACAUGUCAACGAAGACACCGUCGCAAAAUGUAAAUCACGAUAAGACAGAGGCACCAAUAGACAGAGAUUCGGACACAUUUUUCUAUAUAUCCAAUACAGAGGUAAAAGUUGUUGAAUCGGUACCAACACCAGACACACAUAAGGAGAAUAAUUUUUUUCCAGAAAUCUAUGAGGAAGAUGUUUUUAUCGAUUUUUCUAAUAAAAAUCAUUCUCAUAGGGGUAUGGCAUCAGAUAAGUUAGAGGAAGACAUUAUUUUGUCGCCUCUCAAUUUUGAUCCCCUCAAUAAACAAUCCACGCAGAAAAUACAUUACAAUGAAUACAGCAAACAGACAAAUUUUCAAAAUAAUUACAAUAGUCGUGCCAAUGACGCCAAUUUGGAACACAAUACGGAUGGUGAUGAUAAUAAUUUGAGUAUAAGCUACAUUGGUGAAUCCUUUAUUGAAAUUAAAGAAUCUACAACAGAGAUGGAUAGUAACAAUCUCAUAAGUCCCCUGAAUUCCGACGUUAUCAUCCAACCAGUAGCCAUGCCCGAGGUACCCCUAUCAAUUGGUGUACCCGUUAUUGGUGAAUUGCCACCCCAGAUUGAGUUGAUGCCAGCAGUUGAUACAGACACCCAUGAAGCUCAGCUGCACCAUAACUUCGAAAUCGAUUUGCGUGAUACAUCACACGUUUUCGCCCAUCCUGGUGACUAUUUGGUGAAGAACCCCUCGAUAUCCGCCGAAAUACCCAUCCUUGAGUCCAGUACAUCAUCACCGGCAAAGCAUCGCAACGCAUCGGCUGCCGGUGCCACCGGGCAGACCCCCUUCGUGGAUGAUGGAGACCUUGAUACAAGUAUGUCAGACCUUCAGACACUCUUUACUGCCUGCCUUGCCACCCUCACCCUCCUCAUGGUUGUGCUGGUGAUUGUCUUUGGUGUCAGAUACCUCUGGCGGAAAUAUCGACCAGAUCAAUUAGCAGUUAAUGGAUUGAUUGCGGACAGUAGCACGGACCCUCUGGCAAUUAAAUCUAGAACUUUGUCGACCGACGAGUUGAAAUCUGCCGAUUCCGAGUACACGAUCAAUCGCAGCAGUGACACUUUGGAGUCUACUGCGGAUCAGGGUCGCAACACAUGCAAUGGUGCUGCCCCCAAUAGUGCUCUCGGCACUAAGUCAAAUCACACUGGUGCAAAUGGCUCCGUAAUUACCAUGACGCUAAAAAAUAACCACCUCAUUGUUGAGACCGAGGAGAGAAAUGAUAUUUCGCGGGAUGCCAGGGAAACUAAAAUGCACUAUUCACCUUCUGAAAAAGAUGGAGUUUUUGUCGUGGAAGUAGCCCGAGGAGCUGAUAGCACAGGCCUUGCAGAGGAAUUCAGCAAGAACAAUCAAGAUAUUCUCUUGCAGCAGAAGUCGAAUAUUGAAUUCACUGGACCCGGAGUUGAUCAGAAGCCUCUAAUUGAAUUUAAAACAGACCCUGCCACUGAUCAUCAAGAAGUGCAGAUACAUGAUCCUCCACCGGCAGAAAAGGCUCCAGCUCGAGAAACCAUAAUUGAGGUCGAUGAAGUUAAGGAGGAAACAUUGAUGAAUCAUAGCAAAACCGGAUUGACGCAAUCAGACCUGAGUGUAUCUUCGUCCAAUGGAAGUAACAAGGACUAUUGUUAUGGGUCACAGGAGUCCUAUACUGUGGACUCAAAGGGUUACAAGGGGUCAUCACCGCGUAUCUCGAAGAUGGAUGGGCGCAAUGACCCCGAAACCCCAUCCAACAGUGAGGAUGGGGAAGAGACAUUCAUCAAUCGAAAGCCCAUUGUGACAGGAGCCAUUUACAAACAAGACACCUUGGAUUUUGAGUCAUCAAUUCCAUUGGAUAGCAACGACGUGUCGACGGGAAAAUCCACCAAAGAGGAUCAACUCAUAAAUGAGCAACAUCAACUUGGAAAUGGGGAGAUUAGUGCUACAGUGGAUGAAGAAAAUAAGAAAAAGGAUGACAGCCAACCUGUUGUCAAUGGAGAUGCCGAAAGAGAAAACUUUACCUACCCCGAACCACCAUCUUCCGAGGAAAUUAAGUAUCUAAAUGACAGUACAGUUAUUGAAAAUAACAUGGACUCCCUUCCACCACCGCCACCUGUUGACACCACCGCUAACCAAUCUGACGAACAGACCCUACUCAAUGAGAGUUAAUAGGAAACCAUUAACCCCGAAAAACCUUCCAGGGUCCAGCGGGACUUAUAAACUGAAUUUUAAUAAAGGAUUUUGAAAGGAAAAAAGCAAAAAAAAAUUGUAAAACUCUACUUAAAUGUGUAGAACUAUGUGAAAUAAGGUCAGAAAAUUGUAUUUCUGUUAUUUCUUUGAGAAAUUCUAAUCGAGUUAUUGGUCGAGAAAUUUAGCAAAAACAAAAAAAAAAAGACAACAGCACGACGAUAAAAUAGGAUUUAACGUUGAUAAAUUUUUAAUUCUAAGAACACUAAAACCAUAAUGAAAAUUUUAAAGUUGAAAAAAAAAGGCGAGAAUGAGAAACUUUCUAAAAUACUACAGUUGUUUCUUUUGAGAACCACUCAACAACAACAAAAAUUAUGGAAAUUUUACCAAUGGCGUCAUGAGGACCAAAAUAACACCGACUACAACUUUUUGAUAGUUCCAAAAAAAAAACAAUUUUUGAUGCAUUAGUUAUACAUUUUGAACUAAAAGUUUUAUUGUAUAAAAUUUUGUCUCUGACAAUUCCCGUCCUCUUGCGUGUUGUUAGUAUUCAGUAUACGUUUUUAUUUUUUUUAUAAUAAUCAUAAUAUUUAUUUGAGAAGCAAUGUUUUCCUUUUAGUCUGAGAUAAAAGUAUGUCCCUUCUCACGAAAAUCUCUUAUGAAGCAGGCCCAGUUACCUUUGUUUUGAAACAUGUUUUGUGGUCUUCGAAUGAGAGUGAACGAAGUGACCAGAAGCGGAUUUAGUACAUUAAAUGAGAAUUGUCACAUAAAAAUAAUUUAGUGAGAAAGUCAUGAGCUAAAAAACAGAGUCACUCAUUUCGGUCUUAUUCCUAAUAAUACAAACAACUCAUAUGCUAAUUUUUGCUAGUCUAAAGAACCCGUCUUUACUUAUCGGACUUAGAACAGAAAUGAGAAUUGUCGGAAUUUAGUGAGAAUGGUCACGAAAUCAAGAUUUAACUUUAGCAAAGUGAUUUAUAGUUGACGUAAAUUGACAUCAAUUGUUUAUUUGAUUGCUUUGGAGACUGUUCCUAAAAAGAGUUCUCAUUUACCGUAAAUGUGGGUGACUUUGUCUUCCGUAGAUGACUUUGUCACCCUACUGUUAGUAAAUUUUCCUUUAAUUCUAAUGUUUAAAAAUAUUCUUCACCGAUUAGACAUGGUAGAUCCGAUCGCUAAAGACCAUCAUUAAGUGCUAGAAUUAAAGAAAAGCUUACGAACAUGAGAGGAUUAAAGUCACCUGCCCUUACGGUCACACUUUUCACUAAAAAUCAGAAUGCGUUACCAAGGAAUGGGCUUAGUAUGCACAUGACUUUUGUCAUAUGAAAACAUUUAGUGAGAAAAGUCAUAAACCCGAAAGCAACUUAAGCAACACAAUUCAGCUUAUGUCAGCUGUCGCACUUCAUUGGUUUAUUCAACAUAUUGCGAGACUGUUGUCAAUAAUUGUUUUCAAAUGACAAUUCUCACGAGUUAGCAGAAUCACCUACAGGUAACGGGUUCAGUUCAGAAAUUUGACUUGUCACAUAAAGCAAUUUAGUGAGAGUAUUCACUUCAGAGACAAUUCAGUAAACGUAAUUUGUCCGUAAUUGCUUAUUUUGGUUUAAUCGAUUCGGUACUCUCUACAAAAUCGUUGACGUGUAAUAUUUCUAAUCAGUCUCCAGAAUCCGCCAUCAAAGAAUUUAGUGAGAAAAAACAUAAACCCACAAUACACCUUUAUGACCAUGUCACAUAUAAAAUUAAUAUUAAGAUUAAUACUUUCUGAACUGUGAGAAUGGCAAAAAAAGAUAGCAAGUGUUUUAUCAUACCUCUCUCUCGCAUUUCCCUCGAAAACUGACCGAAUUACAGUUGGCUCGCAUAGAAAAUUGCUCGAAGAAAGAAAUUAAUACGAACAGUAAUAUCUUACUCAUCGUAUUACUCCACUAGAGUGUACUCUUUCUAAUACACAUCAUAUUCCAUUUGAAAUUUUGCAUUCUAUAUACCUCUCUCUCUGGUUUUUCUUAAUAUUAAUAUUAAUCUUAUAUGUGACACCAUGGUUAGAAAGACACGAUUCAAGUUAAGUCAUCUAUUGUAAUGUUUUCAUUUAACCAUUAGCUUUUAGGACUGUUCUCAUCGAUAUUUUUCAUAUGACAAUUCUCACCAAUCUACGGAAUCCGAUCUCAGAACUCGAUUACGUUCACCGUAGAUGAAACAUCAAAAACAUGUUGGCAAAACAAAGCUGGUUGUAUGCUAACUUACUAUAAUCCAAGACUCUAUGAGGUUAUAUUAAUUCUAGUGAACUUUAAAAAGAUUCAUAGAAAAAAUCAACUUGAUUUGACGAAACCUGAACAUAACCUCAAAAAACUCAAUCUUGUUCAUAAAUAUUCAAAAGAAAAAAAUUAGAUCCCACCUCAGUAACACUUAAUUUGAACUUAACGUUUUUCUUAAGAACAAUACCGACAGUCCAACUGUGGAAAAGGAUAACAUUAGAAAUGUUUAACUUACUACUAGGUUAAAAUAGACGACAGAGUGUCGAAAUUUUGAUGACAUAAGUGAUAUUUUUGAAACACGAAAUAAGCUUAAUAUUUACUAAAAGGAAAAGUAAAACAUUAUGAAAAAAAAUGAUAAAAACUAUUACCAAAAAAUUGUGUAAGAGAUACAUUAAAAAAGAUAGUCAUUAGGAUUUUUACAUUAAAUCUUGAACUAAUAAAAGAAAUUGUGAAAUGUUCGUAUAACGUUCAUAAAAUAUUCAAGAGAAAUAUUUGGCGAACUCAUAAUAAAGUCCUCAUACCUAAUUAUAGCCACAUUAAAUGUUUGUAAUAAUUUUUAGUGUUAUUAAUUGAAAAAAAAUGUGACGUGUCAGCAUUCAUAUUCACAACUUACUCCUUCAAAGUAAUGUAAUGAUGUAAAAAUAACUAUACUUAGUCUACUCUUCGCAGAACAAAAAAAAAUAAUCAAAAAAAAACAUUGUCCAGCAUUUUUAAAAAUCAUUGUGCUAAAUGUCUUGGCUUUUUCAUUACUCGCUAGUAUGCAAAUAUGAUUCUUCUUUUUAACCCGUCUCAUACUUUCAAUUUAGGCAGAACUAAAAAAAAUAAAAAAAACAAGGAAUUUUGCAAAAUAUUUAGCGAAAUAAUGAGAAAAAAGUAGUACAAUAUAUAAAAGAAGUAAAUUUAUACUUGUUAAAAGUAAUGUCAAUUUCUUGUCCAUCGUCACAUUAAUAAUAAAAGAAAAUAGUGACAAAAUAUGAUGAUAAAAAUGAAUAAAAUAAUUGUAGAAAUAAUUCUCAGAAAUUAAGGAAAACAAUUAUAAUGAAAAGUGGUAAUUUUUGAAAGCAUCAAAUCCUCCAUAGAAAAACAAAAAUAAUGGUCUAAUAAACCAAAAAUCUAUUUUUAUUUUUAUUUUUUUUUUUCACAUUAAAAAUGCACUUUGAAGAAAAUAUUCCGACAUCUCACUAAUUUACUAGUUUUGAUUAAUUUUUCCAUGUCGAACUAAAACCUAGAAAUAAAAUUUGUAGAGAUAGUAAGAAAAAAAUGGGACUGAAAUAUUUUAGAAAGAAAACAAAAAAAAAGAAUCGGAAAAAUACGAAAAGCGAAAUUUUAGAAAAGACUAUAAUAUCGACGGCAUUAGAUCUUAUUACUUAACAGGAAAAGUAGCCUAAAGUAAGUUAGGCAUUAAUAUAAGAGAUUAUUUUGCUCAAAAAAGAUCUUUUUGGGACAUCUUGUGAAGUUAAGAAAGUAGUAAUCUAUAUAAUUAUUAUGUUUAAGAAAUAACUGAAAUGUAUAAUUUCCGAUUUCUUUAAUUUCUACAAAAACGUUGAUACGAUAGACAGUUGGAAAACAAUGUGAAAGAAAAUUAAUGAAAACCAUCGAUAAUGGAUACAGAAACAUCCAACAAUUUGAAUUUUAAUACAUUGAUAACACUUAAAAUAAUAAAUAAACAAUAAAUAGUCGUGAAA